AGCAGUGAGCAGGGUUGGGGGAGCAGUGAGCUGGGUUGGGGACAUGCCCACAGACAGGGCGCCGAGUUACCAGAUGUUUAAAGCCGCUUCUGGUGCGGCUCCGUCCGCGAUGCCUCUGCGGCUCCUGAAUAAGGGUCCCAGCUACUUCCGUCGGCAGCAGCACAGCCCUGGCCACAAACCCAGCGCUGUAGAGCGACUGGAAGCCGACAAGGCCAAGUACGUGAAGAGCCGGCAGGUGGCGAGUACCAGACAGGAGCCUGUGAAGCCGGUUCUCGGCAACAACUCUCUCUGGUCACCAACUCUCAGACUGUUGAACAGCCCCAGCAACAGCAGCAGCAGAAACAGGAGAGGGAUUUCUGCAAGAAAAGGCAUUUUAAACCUUGAGAUCCUGAACAAUUUGAUUAAUAUCAGUGAUAGCCCGGUCCCACUCGGAUCAUUGGAUUCCAGGGUCAAUAACGCCGCCCAGGUGAAAAAGAAACUGUUCUUUCAAACUGACUGUGAGCAAGCGAUUGGAAUCUCAGCAUCCAGUCUGCAGAGCCCGACACUGAAAGCGGCUGUCAGGCGAGUGGAUGUCAGACCCAAUGUGCGAGGUGCCAGAAGGCCUUUCGCCAGUAUCCCGUCUCCUGCUUCUCCAGAUAAGUGCACAUCGCCUUCCCUUGGCUCCAGGUCUCCAACCCCAAGAGCCAAGGAACCAGUUGGUGGGAGUGCCCGGCGCCAGGCUUCGCUUCAUAGAUCUAAAUCCGACCUCAGUGACAAGUUUACCAGAGCAAAUGCGGACUUGGAACGCUUCUUCAACUACUGUGGUCUUGGUCCAGAAGAGAUUGAAAAUGUUGGAAUGGAGAGAUUUGCACGGGCCACUUCCGAUAUCGUGUCCACCAAGUUGGCCAGUGUCAGCAGCCCCAGCUCGGGAUAUGCCCGCUCAAAUUAUAGUUGUGCGGCAGAGGAGACACUGGGUGAACGUGCGGUAUAUGUGGUCUCUAUCAUUGAGCGCAAUGCAAGAGUUAUUAAAUGGCUAUAUGGCUGCAGGCAAGCUAAGGAAUCACCAAAAGCCUCGCCUGUGUAACAUAUUUCCAAUUUCUGGUGUGUGGAUGACAUCCAACUCUAUCUUUCAGCUCAACCUGACCUUGAUUGGUUCAAAUCUCAUCUUUCGCACCAUCUCCACUUUGUCUCCUGCCUCCGCAUCCAUCUUGUGUUAGUUCCUCAGAGCUCGGUCCAUGGUCCCCUCCUCUUCAAUAUCUGCUCCCUCUUGCUUGCAU